CUUCUUCUCGUUCACCUCCUCCCUCCUCCUCCCUCGCUUCUCUCUCUUCUGGUUCGCGUCUCGAUCCGAGGGGCCGUCGCUUUCUCUCUCUAGAACCUGUAAAUACCGAAUCCUCUCCGCCGCUCCCCACCGUCCGGCGAUCUCGACGCUCGAUCGCUCCGCCGCGCGCGGCCCCCCUACUUUCUCUCUCUUUGUCUCUCUCUCUCUCUCCUCCGCGCGAGGGGAGCGGCUGACUCCCGUCGAUCCCGUCUCCUCGCGCCGCGGCUUAGGGUUUCGCGGCCGGCGCCGUCGAGGUGUUGUCCAAUUUGUUUGGAUGACCUUGGGGCAACUUCAAAACCAUGGCAUCAGGUACAACUGGAGAACGGAGGUGGGGGAAUUCUGGAAGAAGAAGUGGCUUGAUUGUAUUGGGGAAAGUCGCCGUUCCCAAACCUAUAAACCUACCCAGCCAGAGGCUCGAGAAUCAUGGUUUGGACCCAAAUGUGGAAAUUGUUCCAAAGGGUACCCUUAGUUGGGGCAGCAGGUCCUCCUCCUCUACGCCCAAUGCGUGGGGUUCAUCUUUGCACUCCCCCAGUGGUGACGGUAGCAAUUCGCCAAGCCACCUCAGUGCUCGGCCUUCAUCGGGUGAAAGUGGCACCCGACCAUCGACUGCAGGAAGUGACAGGGCUCUUGAUUCUACUAAUGCAUGGGGCCCAAAUUCUCGGCCAUCUUCAGCUUCUGGAGCAUUGUCAUCCAGUCAGACAUCACUAGCGUCAUUACGUCCUCGCAGUGCAGAAACAAGGCCUGGUAGCUCACAGUUAUCUCGUUUUGCAGAAUCUAUGCUUGAUAAUUCAGUGACUGGGGGUAUGGAAAGACUGGGACCGACAUCCUCUAAGAAUGACAGGUUUUCUUUAAGUUCUGGGGACUUCCCUGUUCUUGGUUCAGAGAAAAAUGGUUGUGGGAAAAGUGCGGGCUCACAAGAGCAUGCUCCUCAAGGUUCAGAGGUAUCUUCUGAUUCAGCGGUAUUGGUGAAAGAAGGUGAUAGCUCUAUAAAUGCUGAUCCCAGGAAUAGAGUUGACGACUCAUGGAGAAGAGACAAUGCUCCCUGUGGUGAAGAUGGUGGACCUGGUGUGGACAAGUGGCGUGGGGAUCAUCCUCCUCACCAAAACGCCGGCAUCCUCCCUCAGCAGUUUAGUGCUUGGCAUGGUCCCCUAGUUAACAAUCCUCCAGGUGGUGGUGUUUGGUUCAGACGGCCUCCAGGGGGCCCCCCUUAUGGAGCUCCUGUUGCACCUGGUGGCUUUCCUGUGGAAUCAUUUCCUUACUACCGUCCUCAAAUUCCGCCUCCUGCUCUUCCCACCAUGCAUCCUCCUCCAGGUGCUGGACCUAGGGGACACCACUCAACUAGUGGAGAUAUGUAUAGACCUCAAAUGCCCGACGGUUUUAUUCGCCCAGGUAUGCCUCUUAGGCCUGGGUAUUACUCUGGUCCUAUGCCCUACGAUGGUUAUUUUGGUCCUCCAAUGAACUAUCACAAUUCAAAUGAACGAGAUGUUGCAUAUACGGGGAUGGCAGCUGGCCCUCCCCGCUAUUCUGGCCAAAAUGCUCCUGAAAUACCACAUAGAUCUGGUGGCUAUGGUUCCACUAAUAAAGCAUCAGAUGGUGAGGAAGUGGAUUUGGGUCAUCCUCGUGAUACUAGGGGGCAGUACAAAGUUCUCUUGAAGCAACAAGAGAGUUGGGAUGGAAAGGGCGAAGGACAUAAACGGGAGGGAACUGUUACAAAGGACGAGUCAUCUCUGGACAAGGAUGAACCUGGCAAGAAAGCACUGUGGAAGAACCAGUGGAGAUCGGAUCCCAACAAUGAAGAGAAAGAUCUAGAAAAUGCAGAGCCAGCUGAGGAGGCUUCUCAGAAGUUUGAUCACAGAGGUGGUGGUCCUGGUCCAACCAGGGUAAAGGAACUUGAAAAUGUGCAAAGGGCUGAUGAUGCUGAUUCAGUGAGAAGACCGUAUAACAACUCUGUCGUCCCAGAAGCUCCAAAAUCUUCUGUCGCUGCCCCAAAGGAUUCAAGUUUAAUCCAGAAAAUUGAGGGAUUAAAUGCUAAAGCUCGGGUUUCUGAUGAUCGCUGUGAGUAUACAUUUGUUUCGAAUAGGUCAGAGGAAGAUAAUAACCUUCAAGGACCUGACACCAUGUCUAGCCGUUCUGCAAAAGAAAUUGGCUCUAAUGCUCUUCAUGUUGAAAGAAUUCAUGCUGGUAAGGUGACCAAACCUAACCUAUCUGAAAUGGAUGCUUCUAGUGGGGGUAAGAGCCUAGAGCAAGCUGAUGCCAGUGAGGCAACCAUUCCUAGGCGGCAUCCUCAUGGAGUGCAAGGAAAAUCUCAUCAUCGUGGUAGAGGAAGGUCAAGUACUCAAGAUGCUGAUGAGCGGUGGAAGAGAUCUAAGGAGCCUGACCAAUUGGUUGUAACAGAUGCAUCUCUAGAGAUUUCUAACAUUCAUGUGCCCCAUCCUAUGUCUGGGAAAGCUAAUGACGUCAGUGCACCACUAUACCAAGGAAAGGAUGAGGGAGGAACUGUGUCCAUUGCUUACGAUCCCAGUGAGAGUGUGGCAGAGCAAGCUAAGAUGAGAGAGUUGGCAAAGCAACGGAUAAAACAGCGGCAGAUCGAGGAGGAAGAACGAGCUAGAGAUCAGAAGGCAAAAGCACGCAUGAAAUUGGAAGAACUGAACAGACGCACACAAGCUAUGGAUGGUUCAAUUGGAAAAGGGGAAAAUGUGUCAACCAGUGCUACUUUGAAUAAGCAACAUGACCCGCAGCCCGUUGUUGAAAUGGCCAAAGCUUCUACUAGGUCUGUAGUGCUAAGCUCUGAGUCUGUUUCCAAUACCAUCACAGUUUCUGAAGUUAGUGCUGUUAUUGGAAGAUCCACUGCUCCAUCCAAUCUUUCACAACCACCUGAUGGUGCUUGUGAGGAACAUGCAUUGGUUGGCAACCAGUCUGGGCCUUUAAAGCAGGACACCAAAACUGGUGUUGGUUGUGCUUCUGACCCUCUUGAAGAUGGUCGUACGUGUAAGCAGAAGCGUGUGGGGCCCAAACAUAAAUCACACAUUUCAUCAGAGAAAAACUUCAAUGAGAAGGGCACUUUUGAGCCGUCCAAAGUCCUUGCUGAUGGGACCGACGGUGUCACAAAAUCUGCUGAUGUUCCCUAUGAGAGCACUCCAAGCUGUGAGGAUAGGACUCCUGUGAAUCCACAUGGUAUGGUUGAGUCUAUGGUUCAGCCAAGAAAAAAAGGCAGCAAGACUAGUAGGAACAAAUACAAGGUGGAUGAGGCAUCCACCUUAUCUGCUUUACCUGUACUUGCACCUAAAGAAAUUACUGUAGCGAACACUAUAGAAGAAAGCAGUCAGCGAAAGUCUCCUGAGUCCAAAUUGAAUUCUACACAGGUUGAGUCACCACCUGAUCCUGGCGAUGCCAAACAGUCUUCAGAGCGGCAUCCAUCUAUUGCAGGUGAAGAAGUCCAUACUAGAGUAAAUUAUCCGUGGAAGUCACAGCAUUCUCGCAGGAUACCAAGAAAUCAACAAGCCAACCGGUUUGCAGAUAAGCUCCACAGUGGUGAAUCUGUUGUAUGGGCGCCUGUUCGAUCACAGAACAAAAUUGAGGUUUCUGAUGAAGCUAGUGACAGGGCACUAGUUGAGGGUGUUAAUUCAACUGUCAAGAUCGAGAAUCCGGUCCAGAAUAAUCCAAAAAAUAAGAGGGCAGAGAUUGAGAGGUAUGUUCCCAAGCCUGCUGCCAAAGAAAUGGCUCAGCAAGGAAGUAUUCAUCAACAUACAGUUGCUUCAAGCAGUAUAAAUUCUGGAGAUGCUAGUGUUGAGGCGGCAGGAGGUUCAGGUCUACAAAGCAUCGAAAAUGCUCAACCUGCCAAACCGUCAUCUAGGAGUGGAGACAGUAGGUUAAAUAAGCCAGGAAGAGUCCAUGGAUCAUGGCGCCAACGUGGGCCAAAGGAAUCAACUUUGCAUGAUUUGGCAGAUGGACAAUCUUACAUCUCGGACAUAGGUAAAGACGUGCAAAAGUUGAGUGGGCAUCACCAAGCUGAGGAACUUGAACUAAGAGCUGUGGAUGAGAAGCCAAAACGAUCUGAUGAGCUAGGUUCUGGUGAUGGUUCAAACCUUCCAAGUAAUUCCAACUCUGCUGCAGAGGUCACAAUUCAUCCUGCCAGAGAUCAAGGAGUUGCAGGAAGAGGAAAGCGUCAUGCUCCUCGGGCACAUAAAGCCACUGGGGUUACUGUAAAUCAUGAUCAGAAGAAGGGCAUUGAGGAAAUGGAUGAAAGUGGGAACCAAUCUUCGCCACCUGAGGUGAUCCAAAGAAGUCCAGUUGUUCCCAAGGAAAACCAUGCUGUGUCCGAACGUUCAACUUCUCAUUGGCAACCCAAAUCCCAUUCAUCUUCUGCUCAUAUUUCUCGAGGAAGUAGGGUGACUGGAGGCCAAAAUAUUCAGGCUGACAGUGGUGGAAUUGAUGCAGAGCUCCCUCAUGGUGUAACACCCGCAUUAGCACAGCAUGAAAUGGAACAUCGCGAAGCUUUGUCCACCAAUGACAAUCGAAAAUAUAAUUCCCGAAAAGAUAAUGUGAAUGAAGCAGGGCAUGUGGAGGGUAAGAUAGAAAAGAAGGCUCUUGCAAUUGGAGUUCGUACCCAUUCUUCGACACAUGGUUCAGUUAGGUCAACUGGUGAUGUGCGUCAUGAGUCCCAAUUUCCUUCAGGGUUCCACAGGAACCAGGGUGGUCGAAAUGCAAGAGGCAAUGGAUCUCAUGGAGAUUGGAACUCAAAUGGGCAGGAAAAUAUUCGACAUCGUGAAAGACAGCGGCCGAACUCACACUUCAGAUAUCAGCCUGUGGGGACAUACAGCGAUAACAGAUCAAACCAUGUCGAAGGAUCAAAAGAUGGUUCUCAAAGUACAGGCAUGAAGUUUAAGGAGAAGAGUGGUCAAGGCACUUCCUCACGUGGUGGAGGGAACUAUACGGACCGGCAAGUUGGCACUGGUCAAGUCGAUACUGACUGUAAUUAGUAGAGAGUAGAGCCCUAGACGUGUUCUGUUGUAGACAGUUCCUCUGGUCUUGAUUGGUAAUACCCUUGUGCCUUCAGGUCUUGAUAUUUGCUGAUUACUGUGGAUGAAGAAGGGGUGCUGCUGUACCAUCUCAAAAGACGGGUUGUCAUGUCAAUGGUUGUCCAGGUGAGAGCAUAGCAGAUGCGUCUUGGAAACAUUCAGUUCAUAUGGGUUGGUUUUGACAAUAUGUGGUGGGCUUCUUGCCUUCUACCUUAUUUUUACAAAUGUAUUGUUCUGAACAUUUUAAUUUGGUCAUGGGCUUAUCUUCGAUGGAUCUUUUCACAUGUUUCCUUGGCUUUUUAACAUGAUGAGCCAAUAGCUUCGCUGCUCUUUAACGGUAGGCAGCCGUCAACUUCGGUCAACUUAUAUGACACCAUCUGCCCCAUCA